AUGGUUAGUAAGUUUGCAGAUGAUGACAAAUUCAACAAAGGCGAUGGAUAUGAAGUCUGUGCAAUCUGUCUGGAUGAGUAUGAGGAUGGUGACAAACUUCGAAUAUUACCCUGCUCACAUGCAUACCACUGUAAAUGUGUGGACACUUGGCUAACACAGACGAAAAAGACCUGCCCUGUUUGCAAGCAACGUGUUCUGCGUUCAACUGCCGAUUCUGAAUCGGGAUCCGAUGUGGAAGAUUACCCUGAAGGCGAUGAGCGUCAGUCGGAGCGCACUCCACUUCUCCAAGCAGGUUCGUCCUCUGCAACACAAUCAUUCGGCUCCAUAGCCAAUUCCCCCACACAGCACAGAGGGGAGCACUCAUCAGAUUCCAGUGAGGAUGGUUACAUUGCUGCCUAUGCUGAGAGAGAGGAAGUUCCAGUCCACAAGCAGGAGAAUCAAAGUCACUCUUCAAUCACUACAGGAUCUGGAUCUCAGCCUAACCUCAAUCCUGGGCAUGUUUUUAAUGUGUAGUUAGGAACCUCGGGCCUUAUUAUGUUCUUACCUGUAAAACUGUAAUCAUUGUGUAACUGCAGCUCAAAGAGGGCUUUAUUUAGAACUUUUUGGGGCAACAUUUAAAAUACAUAUUUUUUGUGUGAACGGGGAGGUUCUGCUGUUAAUGAGCAGUGAGCACAAGCUGGUUUAGUAACUGCACAUGGGCAUAUUGCUCAAUGCCAACCGAAUACAAGCAGUUUCAACUCCCUGUAACAAAUAGGCAUUCAGUAGGGGGCAGAGAAAGAAUAGCUCCAGAAUGUGAUAGAUAUCUCAUUAAAUACCACCGUGAAGAAACUCUCUCUUCCAAUUUCUGUAAAAAGUGCACGAAAUUAAAAAGCACAACUUCUGGGGCCCUUGCAGGUCGGAGGUAGACAAUCCCUCGUCUGCAGGCUAUAAUCAUCUCGAAGUGAGCUACUCUCAGUUCCUCUGUCUCUGUUCUCGCCAAUGAUAAAAGCCUGGUGUAGUGUAUAUACUUCCUAACUGUACAGUAGAGAGCUCCUGACAUAUGGAAUCAGAACACUGAAACAGGGCUAUGUGUUACUGGUACUUGCAGUUUCUCCCAAAGUCACUCUGGCCUGAUGUUGGGAGUAUGACCACAAAAAUGUUUGAAAUGUUCAUAGUUCCGUUUUUAUGCUAAAUUUUGGAAGCCUGCUAAUCAGAAUGUUCUUUCGUUACAAUUGUGUGAUUAAUUGAGCAGCCAGUUAUUGAUAAAUUGUGAUCAUGCAGAAGAAGGGCUGCUAAAGGGGGAAUGAAGCCAGAGUCAAAGACAACAGAAGUAGUGCAGUCCUAGCUGUCUGGUGUGAUCAUGAUCAUUUUCAUUUCCAGUCUUUUGGUUUAUUUUGCUGCUUGUGGCCAUUUCCUCAUUUAUAAAGAAUGAGGCAUUUACCAGUGAUGGCUGUGCAGAGAUGAUGGUCAAUGCCCAGGACCUCUGUGUUCCAGACUGCUACCUGUUGAUCUUUCACCUUGAAUUACUUUCUCACACUGACAAUAAAUGUGCUGAAGUAACAUUAGCUGACUGGAAAAUCAGUUGCAGCAACUGACUACAAUUAUGAACAUUCCAGGAAUUGGUCCUCUGGCUCAGCUGUGCGUUUUGACCCCAGUAGUAUUGUAGGGUUUCAUGAGGUGUAUUAUUUGUAUUUUGUGCGGGAAAGGAGAAACAAAUUGUGUGAUGGCAUCAAGUUUGAUUUAUUCUAGAUUUCAAUUACAUUACAAAGAACCACAAACUCUACAUAUCCUGCCAUCGGGCAUUUACAUCGUUCGCUGUAUUUGCAUGGUGUACUGUGGAUGCUGGAGACCUGAAAUAACAAAGCGCUGGAGAAACUCAGCGGCACUCGCAGCACCUGUGAAGGGAGAAACAGAGUUAACGUUUCAAGUCCAGUGUGCCAGCUGCUCAACCUGCUGAGUUUCUACAGCACUUUGUCUCCAUUUUUUGUGAAUAUGGUUCAGGACGGAGUUAGAGACAGAUAAUGCAGGCAUUGCUGGAACUUGAGGCAUAAUAUUGAGUAUGUUUUCUGUUGCACUCCUUUCAGGAGCAGCUCCAUUAGAAUUGGCUGAAAUUUGAAUGUAUUGUGAUCGGAAUGACAGUAGCUUUUAUCAAAUGCCAAACUCAGCAGGAGCAAGAAUCAAGUGUGAUAUGGAAUUGGCAGUCUUCAUAAAUGAUAUGUUCCUUGCUUAUCCAUGCUUUUCAAAAUCUGUUUAAUUACAUUUUAUAAUAAUUAAUUUUUAAGAGUUUGUAAUCAUCUAAACAAAUGUCAAAUUCAUUAGCUGCUCUGUCACACAGUGAGGGCAGCUGUCUUUAUUCCACAGCAGUCUCCACAAUGCAGACAGGUUAAUUGUGAAUCUGGGUGACCGAUAUUUAAGAGUCAUGGGCCAAGACUUCCCAAACUUCAGAUAGUUGGUGAUCAGAAACGCUCUGAAAAAUGCUGGUCAGGACCUCAGAUAUUCUGAAGAACUGAACAUGCAGUAAUUGACCAAAAAGUUUUAACUUCCAAGGGCAGUUUACCCAGCAUCUGGAUCUGUAUGACAAAGUUCCCAACUUUAAGUUCAAGCAGAAAAUUUAGAUGGUUCCAUUUCGCAGAACUCAAUAGUUAGCCAGGGAAAGUUAGAUGGUUAAAACCUGUUUAAACUCCAGGAUAACUAUGAAACUGACCACAUACCCACAAUACUUGACCACCCUGCAAUCUCACCCUAGUAUCACAUCAUACAUGUUUCUGGCACUUCAACCUAACCGGUCCAUCUGCCCCUUUAAUCACCUGGCACCCUAACCCUUCACCUACUCACUUUGCACUCCACCCACAAAUCCGACCCUCUGUACCCUCAUCUACUUACCUCCCACACUUAUCUUCACUCAGUAGCUGUGGGCUGUUUGAGUAUUUUACUUUCUGGAAUACAGCAGCAAUCAUCGUAAACAUGGGACAUAGCUUACCAGCGAACUGUCACAGAAACUGUGUCUAUGAUUUGCUGGACGGAUAGAAAAAUCCUGGGAAGGAAACUGAGCUCUUUUUAUCUGAACAGUUUGGAAAUAGGGAUUCUUGCAAACUAAUAUGUCAUUCCAGAUCAUAAGGAGGCCAGUUGGCUUGAGAGUCCAUGCUGGCUCUCUGUGGCAUGACCCAAUCAAUCCCAAUCUCCUGUUCUAUCCUCUGUCACUCUAAUUUUGUUUCUGUCAAACACCCACCCAAUCUCCAUUAAAAUCACUCAUGGACUCCACUGCCGUCAUCCUUGUCAAUGUGUUCCAGGUCAUUACCACCCUGCAUAAUAAAAAAAAAAAAAGCCCUUUCUCACCUGUAACUCUCUCCCAAGCAGUUAAAUAUGUGUCCCUUUGUCCUUGUGCCUUCAACAAAUGGGAACACCUAUUCUUUAACUGCCAUCUCAAAAAGCCAUCUCAAAACUUGUGGAACCUUGUCCACUUCUAUCAAAUCCUCCCUCAAGCUUCUUUGGUCCAAGGAGAGCAAGCCCAGCUUCUCUAGCCUAACUUUUUAUAAUGAUUCAGUGAAAUUCAGGUUUUCGUAUGCUUUGCUAUCUUCUGUCUUAAUACGUCUUUUUACCUUCAAGGUCUGUGUAUGUAAAUUCCAGGUCUGUCUGUGCACAUUCUUUAUAACUGUGCCAUUAAGUCUGUCUUGCUUCUUCCUGUCCCUUCUGCCAAAGUGCUUCACCUCACAAUUACCUAUCAAAAAUUCCACUUUCCUUUGUGUUCACAUUCUGCUGGGCUGCCCUGUUAUGGUCCUUUGGCAUCAUCAUCACUAUCUCCCAUACUUUUAGGUUUGGUAUCAUGGAAAAAUGUUGAAUUUUACUCUUUAUACACUUCACAGUUCCUGAUGGAAUACCACUGUCUACAACCCUCCAGUCAAUUACUUGAUAAUAAAACAAAGAAUUGCGGAUGCUGGAGAUCUGAAACAAAAACAUAAAUUGCUAGAGAAACUCAGCAGAUCUGACAGCAUCUGUGGGGAAAAGCAGAGUUAAUGUUUCAAAUUUGGUUCUGAUGAACAGCCACUGAACUCAAAGCAUUAACUCUGCUUUCUCCCCAUGGAUGUUGCAAGACCUGCUGAGUUUCUCUAGCAAUUUCUACUUUUGCUCCAGUCUAUUACGUAACUAAGCAUGCGCUACCUUUUUACAGGUCUGUGUUGGGGUUCCUCAAUGAACUCAUUUUUUUCAGGUGCCUCUAGAUUUUUUUACUGUGGUUAUUGUUCCUAUAAUGUCAUCGACAAUCGAUGCUAAAUUGAUUGGCCUGUAGUUGACACAAAAAUUCUUUCAUCUCUUUUUUGGGAUAAAGAUAGCACAUUCAGCGCACUCCAGUUGUCCACAAUGUUUGGCCAAAUCUGGGACAAUAUUGACAAACCUUUUCACGAGCCUCCUAUCUGCUCUGAGCAUGUUCCAGGGAAUCCUGUCUAUCAGUUCUUACCUCAUCUAUUACAUCUGUCAUCUUCGCUUCUACCAAUAUUUGUCAGUUUCCUCUUGGUAAGCAGAGGUACAAAUUACUCAUUAAAUAUUAUAACCUGCAUCUUUGCCUAUAUCACCCUCUUUGGUCCUAUUAAGGACAGUGUUCCCCAAAGAUCUGAUCAUGGCGAUCAGCAUGCUGAUACUAUAUGCAGCAUUGAAUUCUGGUUCUGGAUGUUGCUGCCACACACAGCUUAGAGGUUUCUGAAGGAGAAAAAUUAGCAGGAAUCCUGAAUAGGACCCACCUCACUCUUUACUAUCUGUUUCCUGUUUAUGUGCCAGUAGAUUUUUAUGUCCCUUUCAUCUGACUGCUGAUCUAAUCUCAUAAAUUCUUAGUGGUACUUUCCUCUGUUUUCCCCCUCAACUUUUUGCAUUUGGCCUGGUUCUUGCUUGAAGAAUUAUUUGAUGUGCAACAUGCAUUUUAUUUUUUGUUUUGUUGUAUUCUCUAUCUUCCAUGUCCUCCAAGGAAUUCUGGCUUGGUUCUCUUCUUUUAUGCCUUUAUCGGAAUGUAUUUGAAAGUUCUUACCUGUAAAACAUUUUUUUCUGUCAACUCAUUGGAUCAUUGAAAGUCCCACAAUAUUAGCACUCUAUGGCUUUUUCACAUCGCUGUGAUUUUCCUGCAGAUUCAUUCCUUUUUCUCCCUCACACUCUCAUUAGCAAAAUUUUUCCCUUUUACUUCUCCAGUGGCUUAUGUCUUUGCCCUUUUUAAAACCAGUUCCCCUUCUCCUUCUCUGUCUUUUCUGAUCACUUUGUAUGUUUGAAUGUUAAGUACCAUUAUUAAAGCCAUGUUUCUGUUAUUAUUCCCCACAAAGCUAUUUUUGCAUACAGCCCACCUUAUUCAGCACACUUUAUGGUUAUAUAGGUGCAUAUAUAUAGGAUUAUUUUUAUAUGGAAAUGAGCUGAUUAAUUGAUUUGCUGUUUAACAUAACAGUAAUAAAUAGGUUAAACUUUCUUUAUCUACAAUGAUAGAAUGAUUCAGCAGCCAAUCACAAACAAAAACAGACGUGCUGGGAAAACUCAACAGGUCAUUGUGAGGAAGGGUCUCCAGACCUGAGAGAUUAACUCUGAUUUCUCUUCACAGAUGCUACCAGACCUGCUGAGCUUUUCCAGUAACUUCUGUUUUUUGUUUCUGAUUUACAGCAUCCACUGUUCUUUCAGUUUUAGUUGAACCAUUCUACCACUUGGCCUUAAUCUUGUUACAAACCUCAGCUAAACCAGUACCUAAUGUGUAAAAUACAGGUAUUUUUGGCAGAAGUGGGUUCCCAUUGUAAAUGGCAUUUAUAACACUAGAAAUUGGACAAAAUGCUGAGCAUUAUCGCCACCAAGAUUAAUACUAACACCCCAGAUUUCCAUGUCAAACAGCAAACUACCAACUUAUAUUUGAAGCAAAUGCCUUUUCUUCCCCAUCCCAUUGCUGCCAACUCUGAAUAAAAUUAACAAAUUUCAAAACGCUGAUAUUUUGAAAUCUACAAUUUUGUUUGCUACUUAUAAAUGCGAUUUACUGAAUACCUGGCGAACACGCUCGUUAGCUGUGUAAAAGUCAAGUUCAUGCCCUUACAGAACAGAACCCUCAACUUGAAGAAUUAGCAACAUGUGAAAAUGAUCAUAAGAAGCAACCACUUGUUACAUCAAGCUUACAACAAUGUGAAUUUAUAAAAAAAACCUCUUUGACAUUGUGAAACAUUCCAAGUGUUAACUUGAUAAUUCCCAGAUAAGUAUAAUGUGGCAGCUGCAUAACAACCCAAGGCCAAAGCAGAGAAUGUUCGUCUGAUUUUAAAACGCCCACAUGUCCUGAUGGAGGGACUUAUAAAAUUAAAACUUCUUUUCAAAGUUACAAGUAAGUAUCUUUACCGUUCUUGUGCUGUGUUCAAAGCCUCUGUUUAGACACUUAUUAGUAGUAUUGCUAUCUUUUCUGAUAUUUUAUAUGUGUCUGUGUAAAAAUGCUUGAGGUUUUAGCCACUGCAUUCACUGUCUCAGCUCUCCCUUACUUUCCUGUUUUUGAGAGAUUUUUAGCAGCUCGAGCCCAAGCAGAAUGCCUUCUUGGUUAGCAACAUGGAGAACAAUGGGCCUGAAUUGGCAAAAAAUGGAGGGUAGCAAGAGAAAUAGAUUUAAUAGAUAUAAGGUAUCUAUUUCUUUGAGUAGAGUUUAUUUUUUAUUCAAUCCUGGGUGUCUAUUAAGUGGCAUGCCAAUGUUUUAUGAUCUCUGCUGAUGUUAUUACUAGACACGUAAUGUCCCAGAUUGAAAUCUGUUUCAUAGAUCUUAUUUUGGUUUCCUUUUAAUGUGGCCUGUCACUGAAACAUAACCAGACAAUGUUGCCAAUUUAGUUUUAACAAUAAAAAAGUUUGUUUAGCAAAAUAAAUGAAGAUAAAAUAGAUUAAGCCAAUUGUUUAAAUACAACACGCUUCAGGGUUUUGAAACAUGAUAAAAUAAUACCCCAUUAAUCCUAAAAACACUCCAUUACAGAUUCCAAAAACACCAGUGGACAGUCAGUCAUUAAACAUUUCCAAACACACUGAAAAUCCAUAUGCUUCUAGUUCAAAAUUCAAAGAUCCAAACCUUAAAAACAAGAUAUUAAAAAUGUAUACAAGUCUCAUACUGUAUAACACAGUGUCUUUCUGUUUAUAUUUCUCUAUGCCUAGUUGUAUGUCUCCACCUGUGUAUGUAUCUCUCUGACCUUGAGAGGGGGUCAGAAAUACACAUUUAAUUCCUGAAAUGCACAUCCCCAAUUCACCUAACAAGUAUUUUUGAAUGUGUAGCUAAACUCCCUUGACAUAAUGUGGAGGUGCCGGUGUUGGACUGGGGCGGACAAGGUCAGAAAUUGCAUGACACCAGGUUAUAGUCCAACAGGUUUAUUUGAAUCACAAGCUUUGUGUUUUGAGGUGAUCUCACCUGAUGAAGGAGCAGCACUCUGAAAGCUUGUGAUUUCGAAUAAACCUGUUGGACUAUAACCUCGUGUCAUGUGACUUCUGACCUAGUCCCUUGACAUAAGUUGUAACGCAGUUGGGUCAUGAUAAUUCAAAUCCCACCCUGAUGCCCCUAGAAUUCCACAGUACCAAAAAUAUAAAUGUUUUAUUCAAUGAGCAAAAUGGUCAGUUUGUUUCUCUUUUAUUACUGUUAUAAGUGCAAGAGACUUUCAUUCGGUUUCUUUAAUGAACCAACAAUAUUUAUCAACAAACUUAUUCUUUAAACAAGUUGGAAUUAAACUAUCUCCCCUUAAUCACAAUGCACACUCACACAAUCAUACAACAGUCAAGCCAAUUCUGCAGAAAUGGCACAGAUUUGACGAAAAAAAAGGCAAAUGGGAAAAACACUCCAGUGGGUCUGGACUCCGGAUAAAUAAAAGGAAAAACUCAUGAUCAAGUGGAUAUCCUAUUGUCAAGAUUACAGUGCUGACCAUGGGAGAAUCAAUGAGAUCUUCAAAUCAGACCAGUUCAAGUGAGAGUCCAUUGGAGUUCAGUCUUAGAAUAGAGUUAACAGUUCAGCUUUCUGAGUCAAGAGGCAGUUAAAGACAUGGAUUUCUAGAACUUCCUCAGAUUCCCAGAAGAUACUUUACUGGGAGACCAGUCUGUGCCCCUUGCCUUGUAAAGUUUGCUCUUUUUUGGGAGAGAAAGAUCUUUAGUUUUGGUGCCAGCUUCUUGGAAGUUUUUUUUUUCUUCAACUUACAUACCUAAGUGUGUACAGAAAUAGCAACUUUAGUUCAGAGGCUGAUGCAAGGCAAUCUUCACUACAGGGUUUUCCAUCAGUUUGGUAGUUACCAUUAUAAAAUCCAUACUUCAUCUAUCUCUUAAAAAGUUUUACCUUGCAUUCUUUCCAUAAAGUCAGUUAUCUUUUUGCAACAAUACAUGAACUACAACCCUCUACAACUUCUGAAUAUUCAGUCAUUCCUGCUGAACAUGCCUCCCAGAAAUAAUAUGCAUAAAAUUCUUUUUGAAUCCAGAGUGCCCAGUAAGUUUCAUAUUCCAUAUCUUCAUAGUCCUUUAUAAUGAAUACAAUUCCCAAAAAGGAGAACAAAAACCCGGUGUUCUCUGAUUUGUUUUUAUUCAUUGCUGCCAUACCCCAAAAGUUAGAAGUCUAUGUGUUUCUCCUUUUUAACAUAGUCCCUGCUGAGUAAUUCAACAACAUGUACAGUUUAAAGUAUUUUGUGGAUAGUUCAAUGUUUUAAUCAUGUAAUUUUUAGUUAUAUUUUCAUUUCAGUUGUAAACCCCAAAGGUAGCCUUUCCAUUAAACACUGGACAUUUA